ACAAAAUAUUUAGGACUAAAUUGGCAUUAAUAUAAAAGGUUUAGGACUUUUCUGACACUUUUCCCGAGAAAUUAGUAUUUGGGGCGGAUCUUCAUGAAAUCGUUCUUUUCUGGGACACUUCUCAAUGUCUGCAAGAAAAACGUAUUAACAAAAUGGCCUGAAAAGUUCGCAUGCAUUGCAGAAAUAUCGAAAGAGGAAGUGGAUGGACAGUGUUACCGACCAUUGUUGCGAGCUGCAUUCAAGGGUGAUUGGGAAUCUGCUAAAACAUUUUUCGAACGAGAUUCUGCUUUAAAGACGGCCAAAAUAACAAGCAGAUCAGAAACAGCGCUUCACAUAGCCGCCUUGAGUGCACGAGUCCAAUUUGUCAAGAACCUGGUUAAGCUCUUGCCUCCACAUUCGGAAGUGCUUGAAAUGGUUGAUUGUGAUGGCCGCACGGCCCUCCACAAUGCUGUCCUUUGUGGAAGGAUAAAGAUGAUCGAGGCAAUAGUCAGAUGUAAUCCCAAGUUGACGCAGCUUGCAGAUAAUAAAGGGCGUGUUCCUUUGGCAAUGUCUGCUCUGGAAUCUUCUAAGCAUAAGGAGAUUGCCUGGUUCCUGGCGAAAAAUACAACGGACGAUGGGCCAAGUCAUCCCUUCAGCAGUCCCUCUGCGAUUGAUUUCAUUUUGAAUCUCACUUACGCUGGUCAUCUUGAUAUCACCCUUUAUCUAGUUCGGCAAUACCCUCACUUACUUACCAAGAGAAGCAAAAAGUACGACAACCGAUCUAUAUUGGACGUGUUGGCGAGGAUGCAGUCUAACUUUCGCAGCGGAACCAGGCUCAAUGUUUUGGAAGAAUGGAUAUACAAAUGUAUUCCGGAGGACUUGAACUUCAAAACAACAGAUGAAUAUUCAAAUCCGGUUCCUAUAAUCAAGAGAGUUCACGAGGUGAAGUUGAGACACAUGGCGGCAAUUGAGUUGGCAAAACAAGUUUGCAGUGCAGUCUCUUCUAUGAGCACUACCGAGAUCACUGAUUUUUUCCAAAAGAGGGAGCCGCUGUAUCAAGCUACAAUCAAGGGAAUCAGUGAACUCGUGAAGCUCUGUAUUAUCUUUUUCCCGGAGCUUAUUCGUAUUUCGCCUUUAAAGAAGAGGUUGACGACACAUGCGGUGGAGUUUCGCCAAGAAAGGACUCUUAGACUCUUUCUGAAGGUAAGCUCAAUCAAUAAGUCGUCAUUUAUUUUAGCGCCUGCCCUGGGAGAAUCGAUGGGGAUCAUGGACGAAGUAGCACAGUACAAUCCUAAGUUCCAUGAUGCAACUAAUGUCUCCGGAGCAGCUUUUCAAAUGCAAAGGGAACUCCAAUGGUAUAAGGCCGUGGAAAUGUGGGUUAUCCCUUCUAUAAGAAGCUACCAAUUUAGAAAUGGCCCAACAUAUUGGGAUAAAUUCGUGGAGAAUCACAACAAAUUGCUUAAGGAGGGAGAGAAGUGGGUGAAGCACACAGCAAAUUCAUGUAUGCUUGUCUCAACUUUAAUUGCCACAGUAUUGUUCGCUGCUGCUUUCACUAUGCCUGGAGGCAAUGACGACAAAACUGGAGUCCCCUUGUUGUUAGGACAGGACUCUCUCCUGGUUUUCGCAAUUUCAGAUACGUUAGGUUUAUUCUCAUCCGUGACGGCCAUCUUGCUAUUCCUAGCCAUCUUAACUUCACGGUAUGAGCCAAAAGAUUUUCUCUUCUCGUUGCCUAAUAAGAUCAUAAUGGGGCUUUCUUCUCUCUUUCUUUCCUUGGCUUUCAUGCUGGUGGCCUUUGCUGCAACUCUCACAAUUGUGCUGGAUAAGAGACUAGAGUGGGUUCGCAUUCCCAUUACUUUGCUGACCUGUAUCCCCGUGGUUUUAUUCCUAGUACUACAGCUUCCCCUGCUAUACCAAAUGAUUCGAUCUACUUAUGGGCCGAGCAUCUUUCGGGCCGAGGAGAUUUGGGAGUGAGGCACAACUAUUGGAUGAGAUCACUUGAUUGACGAAUUUGAUUCGAGGGUACAGGUCUUCGUUAUAGUUGGUUGCAGUGGGGCCAAUCCGAUUUAAUGUAUUUG